AAGUCAAACAAAUUACCUGACAAUCAAUAAGAUUACAGUGUACGUUACAUAUGUGUAUAUAUGUUAUUUAAAUCCAAAAAUUGAAAGAAGAUAAAAUAUACAGAGUAAUUAGCUAAUGAAAAAAAAAAAGAUCCACAAUUUUCAUGCCCCACGGCUCUCUUGAUUUUACUUUGGCCACCUAAUUCGCAUCCGCCAACACAAUCCCAUCAUCUGCGUCUGUCUGCAUUAGGAGUUUAUUUCUUUCAAAAGCCCUCUAAAACCUAAUAAUACAAAAGGAUCUUCAAAGUCUCUCUCUCUUUCUUUUUUGUUUUACUCCGAAAGGCAAAAGCUGUAUUGCAUGAAAUCUCUUGGAGAUAUUCGGAUAUGAAAUUUCAGAUCUAUGCUAAGCUCCUUUAGGCCUUUUUUUCUCUCUUCUACAUAUAUGUCGAAUUACCUUUUUGUCCCUCGAGAGAGAUCGUAGAUCGGGGGAUGGAGAGAGAAUGCGGGUCUAAGAAGACCUUGUUCAGCGAAGAGGAGCUGCAAGAGAUUAGUGAGGUCAUUGUGGGAGAUGAUUACGUGGAGGUGAUGUGUGGAUGCACCAGCCACCGUUACGGAGACGCCAUUGCUAGGCUUAGGGUUUUCUCAGAUGGAGACCUCCAAAUCACUUGCCAAUGCACUCCCGCUUGCCAUGAAGACAAGCUAUCGCCUGCUGCCUUUGAGAAGCAUUCUGAGAGAGAAACCUCUAGAAACUGGAGGAACAACGUGUGGGUGUUCAUUGAGGGAGACAAAGUUCCGCUUUCAAAGACAGUGCUGCUCAGAUACUACAACCAAACAUUGAAGAAUAACUCCAACGGGUCCAAAGUAAUUCAUCGGGAUGAGUUUGUUGGAUGCAGCAGAUGUGGGAAGGAGAGAAGGUUCAGGUUGAGGAGCAGAGGGGAAUGCCGGAAGCACCAUGAUGCUUUGGCUGAGCCCAAUUGGAAGUGUUGCGACUAUCCAUACCACAAGAUAACAUGUGACGCGGAGGAAGAGAGAGUGAGCAGGAAAGUUUACAGAGGUUGCACUCGUUCUCCGUCUUGCAAAGGGUGCACUUCCUGCGUCUGCUUCGGCUGCAACCUCUGCCGUUUCUCUGAUUGUAACUGCCAGACUUGCUUCGACUUCACCUCCAACACCCAAACCCAUUUGACUUGAGUUGUCUAGUUAUCAUUUUACUUAAAAAAUUCUUGUGCAAAACCUUUGAAAUUCUUGUAUUAUGAAAACAAUCAGAAAGAGUUGGAACUUUGAAAGAAAGUUUGGCAACACUAGGAGAACAUGCCUUUUAAAACCAAUUUCAACUCCAAAUAUACACAAGCCAUAGAUAGAUGGAUCAGAGAU